UGUGGCUUCACAGCGUCCGAAUACUGAAAAUGGCGGCAGAGAGUACCCCAAUGAACUUGGAUAACGAGAGCGAUUCUGCAAAAUAUGGAAAAGAUAUCUCACCGGAGAAAGAUGGCGGAGUGCGGAAAAUCAUUAAGGUGGCAGGUGGAGGUGGAGAUAAGCCACCGAUCGGAAGUAAAGUUAGGGUUUACUAUUCCGGUAGAUUCUUGACAGGCGAAGAGUUUGACUCAAACAUCGGCAAAAAAGAUCCGUUUGAAUUUGAACAUGGAAAAGGUAUGAUUAGCCUUUGAUUUUGGGGUAGAAAGAAGGGAAAAUAGUGGAAAAUAUGAUGUGAUGUACGUAAAUUUGUAUAGGGAGGCUUUUAUGUUGUUUUUUUUACAGAUCUAUUAGUACGACCGUUGACAUGUUUGCAUGAAUCUCAUUAGGUGAAAACAUAGAUGAGUUGAUUUUAUAUUUAUUUGAUUGAGUCAAGUGGGUUAAAACACAUUACUUUUUGCUGGAUAUAGUUUAAGAGAAACCUUCGAUACAAUAGUUUGCUUAUUUUUGCACAUCAGGGAGACCAGGACGUACAUGCACUAAGCUUGCGAUUCUCGUCUUCACAACAUUUUCAUGUUAGACUUAAAUCUGCCUUUAAUUUUUUUCACUUUCGUUUUCUGAUCUCAUGUGAAUAGCAUCUAUCAGAGAGCGUGAAAUCAGAAAUAAAAAAAAUGAGUUUUUGUUUAGUUAUUAUGUAACUGAAUUAAAGAAUAAUACAUUGAUGCACUUAGAUAAGGACUUUUUCUACUAUAUCUACAAACAAAACAUGUAUCAUGUUGUUUAUUGUAUAAAGGCCAUGGGCCUUAAAUGGUAUGUAAAGUCAAAUUUAAUCAUGAAUUAACCAGAUAGUAUGGUGUGAAAGGUGAGUGUGUGUCUGCAGCUGAUUCACAAUAUUAAACACAUGGGAAAACCCAUUGUAAUUUUACAUGUUUGCAUUUACAGCUUUUCUCAUGGCUGGAAGGUAAAAACAUGUUCUUUAAUUCAGCUUUUCACUACUCUUAGUUAUGGAGAGACAAUUGUAUACACCUUACCAGAAAAAGGGAUAUGAUAAAGGGAGUUCCUAAACCCAAGCAGGACAGUCAAUAAAUUUGAAAGUAGAAGGGAAAUAAAAUUUCAUAGGUGACCAGGUUAUUGUAUAUUGUUUGGUCAGAUUAAAUGCAAGGCUGGGAACUGUUCAGUUUUGUCAAAUAACUGUAAUUCUAAGACGACCCUGAUUGGUUAGAAACAUUUCAUUUAUUUCAUUGGUAAACCCAUAGUUAUCAAUCAAUCAAUCAAUUAUUUAUUUUAACACAUUUCAUCCAGGAGCUAAGAACUUGUUCACAAUACGAACAUGUAUGAAUAAGAUCUACAGUAAUUACAGUUAACAAAUAAUAUUGUCCAUCUUAAAACAACUCAGUAAAUAUUUAAAAAACUAGAAAUAAAUACAUAGAAUAUAAAAGGCUAAAUCCUAAACUAAAAAAAUCUAAAAGAUAGCUAAAAACAUGACACGAAGACUAUAAGAAAUAUUCUAAAAUGCUACAGUCUUGCAAUUUACUUUAAUUUGAAGUCAUUUGCAUCCCUUGAAAGAGGUACUUGAGCAGGCAAACUGUUCCAUAACUUAGUUAAUAAAUAAGAGAAAGAAUUCUUUUUAAAUUUAAGGCUAAAAUUAGGUGAUUCCAAAGUUCAGCCAUCACCCCUUAGCUCAUGCAGUGUAUGCCAGAGGCUCGUGAUUGACAAAAAUUUUUUAUGUUCUCCCAACAUCCAGUGUGGGUUAUUAGGUUGGUAAAGUGACAAAAAGUGCAGUCUGUUAUUUAAAUAAUGUCCCACACAUUCAACAAAGUUUGUUUGAAUCAUGUAGCAAACUCUGAACUUGGAAAUGAAUCACACAUCUACACUUGUGACUAGUAAAUAAUACAUUUGGUUCCACUUGCAAACAGGGAAAUACCUAGAGUACUUAUUUCUCUAUUGAUUUUUUGAUUAUGGUUAAAUUUUUUUUCUUAAGUAAAAUGAAGUGAAAAUAGCCAAACAAAGAUGGCAGACCAGGCAGGGGUUUUGGCCAGCUGUUAGCUCACAUUGAUGGCUCAGAUAUGAUUAAAGCAAAGAUGUGACACUUGACGUUGGUUAUUUUGAUUUUCCUUCAGUUUAACACAACAGAAGGAAUAUUGACAAAUCAAAAAAACUUUUUUGCCCUUCAGGGGUUGUGAUCAGGGGAUGGGACAUUGCUAUAGCAACAAUGGAAGUUAAUGAGACCAGCCUCAUUACAAUCAAACCAGAAUAUGCUUAUGGGACAGAAGGAAGUGGAACCAAAAUCCCCCCAGAUGCUUGUUUACAGUUUGAGAUCACUUUGGUUGAAUGGAAAGGAGAAGAUAUCACAAAAGAUGGACAUGUGACAAAGAUUGUGUUAGAAAAAGGCGAGGGCUAUGUCUGUCCAAACACUGGUGCACUCUGUGAAGGUCAGCAUUUAUAAUAGGAGGCUUAAAGUCAAUUUUAAACUCAUGUGGUUGUUCCUUUAACCAUUUUUUCCCCAAGAUCUCAAGAUCAAUUCUUCUUUCUAUCCACCAUAUAUUUCUUUUAAGUCCAGCUCUGAGAAUUUGGUGUUAGGUAAAAAACAUAUCCCCUGCUUCACUGUUCUAUUGGACAAUACUAUAAGGGGAAAUUACUUUUUGAUUGUUCUUUGGAAAGAAGGGGUUAAAUGUUUUUGAAUUGUUCUUGUUGGUGGUAUGCAGCAGAUUUUCUUAAUUUUAAGUUCAAAAUGGCUUUAAAAGCAACUUGUUGAGGAUUCAAACUAAAACAUGGCAUGCCCACUGAGAGGUAGAGAUGGACAGGGAUUUGUUAACUUUAAGAGAGUGACUGUAGAAGAACCACAGAUAAAGACAAAUGGGCACUCUUGACACUUAGGAGUGACCAGCAUCUGAUUUCUCCUCACAAUAUCACCCCUUAAUCACACAUUAAGGUCACAAGAAUGAAGGAAUUGAUCAUCAUCUAAGAAAACUCUUGAUUAUUAGACAAAUUCUCCUUGUCAGUGCUAUAGGAAAUGUAUGGAGAACAUGCAUACCAAUGUUAAAGUGAAGAGGGUUGAUAUUAAGGUUCAGUUUGAGGAUGAAGUUGUGGCUGCAUGUGUUGCAGCUUCAUGUUGACUUUUGGCAGAGAAUCUUGUCACUGAACUUUCUCUUCUUGCUCCUUUUACCCCUUCUCUAGUUCAUAUUGUUGGAAAGUGUCGGGGCAAAGUGUUUGAGGAUCGCGAAGUUUCCUUUCUCAUGCAAGAAGGUAAGUUACAAACUGUAACGGAUUAAUACAGAUGUCUGGUCUAAAGUUAAAAUGAAAUACAUAAAUAACAAAACGAUUAUCACUUUGUUGGGUAUUGUGGCGCAUUUUGUGGCUAAAAUAGAUAUUUUAGUGGGUUAAAAUGUGUUUUAGCUUGCACACUUUAUUGUUCCGACUCUUCUGUUGUCAUCUUUUUUUAAUUUUUUUCUCAAUGUCCCUUGAAGUGAUAAAUAUGACCAUACAGCUUCUGUUCUUGUGUGUAAAUAUGGUUAGGCCCCUUUUGAAGUCAUUUUAACCCUUGCUUGACAGCUUAGGCUAAAAUGACUUUAAGUUGGGCUUCAAGCACAUAAAUGCUGUGAACAUAAAUUCUAUUGUUUUAUUAAAACUCAGUCUUAUGCAUUGUCAGCAACAACAUAAGUACUAACAAACUUUUUUUGUAUCUAGGUACUGAGGAAGGACUUCUCCCUGGUGUACAACAGGCUAUUCUGAAAAUGAAUGAUGGUGAAAAGGCAUAUGUGUGGAUUAAGCCUGGAAGGUGGGGAUUUGGAACGGCAGGGAAACCUGAGCUGAAUAUUCCUAAAGAUGCUGUGGUAGAAUACAUGAUACAUCUAAAGAAAUUUGAAAAUGUGAGUACAUAUAUCGAUAAAUAAAUACUUACCAAAUGGACUCUAUGCAACCUAAGCGAUAUUUCUGUCAAAAAAGAGAAAGGAUUAAAAGGAGAAUAAACUUAAUUUAUAGGUGUGGGGAUGAUUUUUGGGUCAUUCCUCAACUUCACUUCUUAGUACAUACACUGUUAGUGACCUGUAACCAAACGUCAAACUUUCCUCAUGUUUUCCUGACAUCCACUGUAGGUUUUUAUGGUGGAAAACUAAUAGAAGAGCAUGCACUAAGACAACAUUGGUGGUGCAACUGUAAUCAGCAGCAAAAUGGUGGACGCUUUUAUAUCUAGUUUGCAAUAUUCUGGAGUACAGUAACAUACCAAUUUUAUUACUAAUACCCUCACUUUCAUCCUCCCCCCCUCCAUAUAGUGUUGCAAUUUGUUUGCUUUCUUUGACUGUUCAACCUUCAAUAGGCUGAGUGGGGUGGGGUGGGGGGGUGGGAGGUAUUUAAUCAUACUGCAGUUCAUUUGAAAUUUCUUUCUAAAUACCUUAACCCUUUCAAUCCCAAAAGUGACCAAAUGAGAAAAUUUUCCUCAAAGUAAUUUGGUAAUUGAUCACCAAAUUUUCAGAUCUAAAAUUAUAAGUGGUGAAUGACAAACAGUUUGAAGAAUGACUCUUUAUAUCUUGGGACAGGAAGGGUUUAAAGUGGCCUUGCAGAUGUUAUAUCAUUGGCAACUAAUUUUUUCAAGAAUUUUAAGUCUUCACCACUAGAAUUGAAAGAGGCAUGAUGCCGUAUCUCAGCCACAUUGCACCAGUGUCUGCCAGCAAAAAGCAGUCAGUUUUCUUGAAUGUGAUGUACUGUAUAUUAUAUUAUUUGAAGGUCAAAGAAAACUGGGAGUUGAGCAAUGACGAAAAAAUCUCAACAGCCUUGUCACUGAAGGAAAAGGGCACCAAGUAUUUCAAGGUUAGUGUUACUGGUGUAUACAUUAGUAUUGAAGUAUCUGUCAUUGAACAAUUCUAAUCACAGCUGUUGUUAUUCAUUAUUUAACCCUUUGCAGCCUAACAUCAGUAAUCAUAUUCUCCAUUCUGUUCUCCAUACAUGUCUUAAGGUGACAACAAGGAUAAUUUGUUUAGCAAUCAAGGGCUUCUUUUAUUGGUCAUCAUUUCCUUUAUUCUCCUGACCUGAAUGUGUGAUUCAGGGGUGAUAUUGUAAGGAGAAACUAGAUGCUGGUCACUCUUAGAGGUCAAAGGUUUAAAUCAAUCAUGACUCUUCUUGUGGUGCACUAACCCCUUUACAGAGGAGAAGAGUGCCAGCUCCCAAAUGGAUGUAAAAUGUUUUGAUUGGUUUGUUUUGCAGGAGGAGAAAUUUGGCAUAGCAGUUGAACAAUAUGGCAGAGUGGUCAGGUUGUUGGAUGGAUACUUUAGCAAUGACGAAAAAGAGAAACGAGAUCCCCUACUGUUGGCUGGCCAUCUUAAUCUUGCUGCGUGUCAUUUGAAACUAAAUCACAACUUCAAAUGCAUUAAAGAGUGUGAAAAGGUAAUAUGGCUUUCUCGUUACAUACCUGAACCCAGUAUUUUUAAAAAACAUGAAAUCAUGGAAGAACUGUUAAGGGGAGGAUUCCGAAUUUUUUGACAUGGGGGGGGGGGUCUCAAACUUUGAUUUAGAAUACAGAUCAUUAUUUCUUUUCGCUCUAGAUCUUAAAUAGGCUAAGAAAUAUUUCAAGACAAAUAAGUUUUAAAUGUUUCAGGUUGAGUAGUUGUACGUGAUUCUAUGGUUGGAAGAAUUGUAAUUUCGGACAUAGUUUUAAGAAAAUCCCACAAGUCGUUUGGGGGGGGGGAGUCCCGAUCCCUGGACCUUCCCCUUAGAUCUGCCACUGAUGGUGCAGCCCCCCUCUGUAAAACUCAGAAUUUAAAAGUAGUUGAAGUUAUUGAGUUUCUUUCACGUUUGAGUACUGGUGUUUGGACAGAGAAUGAAGAAAAUUGCUCUCAAGAAAAAUUUUCAUCAAACUCAAAAGCACAAAAAAGACCAAUCUGAAUAUACUGGAUGCUUAUGAUGACCUAUGCCUUGCAAACUUGGCAACCUCCAAACAAUUAUGGCAAAUUAAUUUCUGGGGGUUUCGUUUCCUCUCGGGUUUUUGGUUAAGACAAGGAGGAAUGCAUGGAAAUAAUUAUAAUCUUUAAGUAGGUUCACAAUGCUAGAUUCUCCUUCCAAAGCUUCAGGGUAUUCCAUUGUGUAGAAAAGAGGGAAAUUGAGCUUGUUUCAAAAGUCGUACGCCCUUUUAAUUGUGAAGACGAUGAUCAAUGUAAUGAGUCACCUCACAGGUGCUUUUCCCCCGUUCUUGUUGUUUCAUAGGUUCUUGAAAUGGAUAAAGAUAAUGUAAAGGCCUUAUUCAGAAGAGGAAAAGUAAGGAAAGGUUUUUAAUAAUUGGAUGUUAAUUUUUAUCUUAUGCAUGAGUGCGAGAUGAAAAGCCUACUCUACUCCGCUUUACUCCGCUCUGUGAUAAGUCCAGAAACUCACGCCUCUCUCUCGACCAAUCAGAUGCAAUACUAAAUUCCAUCGCGCCUUGGGCACUCGCGUUUUCCCGCGCUUUACGCAGUUUACUGGUUUUUACUCCGCCUUCUCAUUGGCUCGUUUUUGUACUUCCCUCGCUCUGAUUGGCUGUUGUGAUAACUUUGAUUUUGGGUUUACGGCACUCAUUGUAGAUGUGCUCUAUCCAUGUAAAUGAUUAGUUAUUUGGGAAGUUUGUAUAGUGGUGUUGAAGAAACCUUACCUUGUACUAUUAAUGUUUUUUGACAGGCGAGAGCUGCCAUCAAUGAUUUAGAUCUGGCAAAAAAAGACUUUGAGCUUGUGCUUAAAGUCCAGCCCAACAACAGAGAAGCACAGCAACAGCUGAACGUAGUAAAUUCAAGAAUUAAACAUCAUGUAGCCAAGGAAAGAGUUAUUUUCGGUAAGGUUUUGCAAGGAAGUGCUAAGCGAAAACUUAAGGUCCGUAGUCAGCUCGCACCGAUUUGCCCAGGGCUGUCAAUAAGUUGAAAAAUAGAAAUUAAAAAAAAAAGUAGUAGGCGGCUAGGUUCACGUGAACGCCAUGUUGUUUUUUUCAGUUAAAAACGUUACACACAGGAAUUAAAAAUGAUCAAAACAAAACAAAACAAAAAACCAGAAAAAACCUAGGAAGUAGCUGCUAUACAAGUUUCUUCAGUGCUAUCUCAUUAACUGAACAAUUUUUCAGCAGCAAUUAGAUGAAAUAAGAUCUAAAGAACCGGCUUAAGAUGGCAGACUAGCCGGCUAUAUUGGUCGUCUUCUGACUCUUUUUGACAGCCACCUGUCUGCAGUUGUAAGUUUCUAUUACGCCCUCGUCCGCAAUAAGGUCGUCACUCCAUCGUUCCAAAAUUCUUAAAAUAUAUAUGCAAGGAAACGUUAUACAAAUGCUAUACGUGUUUGUAUGGUGGCCGUGAUUUUGCCAUCAACGGAAGUUUUCUGAAUAGAUCUAUCGUAGAUCAGAAUCAUAAUUGCCUUCAACGAGCCCCUCCUGAAAGUUAAAUUAAGUGUUCUUCACUUAUCUGUUUCUUGUAGCGAACAUGUUUGAACGGCUUGCACGCAAAGAAGAACGCGAAACCAUAGCAGACACAAAGACUCGUGACGUAUUCCAGGAAGCAACUGAGGAAGAUGCGCGACUCAAUGAACAAUCUAAAUCCAGUGAAACAACGCCUACGUCACUUCCGGUUAGUGGCCAAGUGAAGUCAUCGAUGCAAGUGAACGGUAAAGCGGAAAAUGACGUCGAAAUGAAAGAAGACGAGAAAGGAGGUGUAAUAUGCUGACAUCAGUUUAAGGACAACAUCUAACUGUUCAAAUAAGGCUGUGUCCACACAUUACACACUAAACUUUGGGCUAUCGAUUUCAAAUCUCAACCGAUAUCUGACAUCCAACUUAUGCAACAAACUAGUGUGACAAACUAGUGUGACAAUCUAGUGUUACAAACUAGUGUGACAAACUAGUGUGACAAACUAGUGUGACAAACUAGUGUGACAAACUAGUGUGACAAACUAGUGUGACAAACUAGUGUGACAAAAUAGUGUGACAAACUAGUGUUACAAACUAAUGUGAAAAGUAGUGCGACAGGGUGGCGUUAUCAGCUUUUAAAGCUUUUGCUGUAAUGACAAAAAUAUGUUAUUACCCUUCAACAUGAGUAUCGUUAAAAGUAGAAUGUUCUGUUGUUGUUAUCAUAAAUUCUUAAUCACAAUAGUUUAACUUAAGUGUAACUCCAUGGUAAUUGGUAUAUAUCUUAUCUUAGAACAUCAGUUUUUCCUUCUUCGGGUUCUCUUUUUGUAGGCAGUAACAUAGUUGUCUAAACUGUACAGAAAUUUUAAUAAGAAUUAAAAGUAAUGUAUAUAUAAAAAACUCUUUGUCAUAUGAAUAUAUAUAUAUAUUUAUAUAUAUAUAUUUGUUUUGUUUUUGUUUUUGUUUUUUUUUUGGCAUUAAACAAACUAACUUACAAAAUUCAGAUAUGCAUGUAGGACUUUGAAACAACUUCACGGUGGAGCAAUUUUCAAUUGGUGACCCAGGAUUACUAGGGCCUGCUCUAACCCUUUACACCCUAACAUCAGUAUGCAUAUUCUCCAUACUUUCACUAUACAUUUCUUAAGGUUCUGAAAAGGAGAAUUUGUUUAACAAUCCAGAGUUUCUUUAGUUGUUGAUCAUUUCCUUUAUUCUCACGACCUUAAUGUUUUAUUCAGGGGUGAUCUUGUGAUGAGAAAUUAGAUGCUAGUCACUCCGAGGGGUUAAUCCGCUCAGAGCUUGGACUAGAAAAUAUGAGCCCGUUUUUUAACCAAUCAGAUGUAAAUUUAGAACCAAUGGCGGCUGGGCGACUCGCGUUUUCCCGCACUUCGGGCAGUUUGCGUCUUUCCACACAGAUUUCUGACUGGUUCCUUGUGAUACUUCCCUUUUUUCUGAUUGAAUUUUUCGAAUACCUUGCGUUUUGUUACAAGAAACUCGACCGAAAAGCUUUCAAACAAGAUACCCGUUUGGUAUGCUCUUCGCAGGUUUGCCUAAGGUUAAUAUCAUAUCCGAUUGUCCGCACUGGUAUCCAUAACACAGUUGGAUGGAGAAAAACAUUGAGUGUGGAAGUUCUGGCAUCAGGAAGGGACGAUACCAGCUGUGUCUUAAUGCCUUGCACGCUACUAUAACCGCUGAGCAGACCAACCGCGCUUUCUUUUGUAAACUGGUAGUUGCCUAUUUUAGGGCUACUCGACUGUUCACGGAAUGAAUUAUGAAUCAAGUUAAGGUUACGUCCUCGUAAUGUCUCGCCAUACAUUCGAAUGGUCAUUACAUAGCGGUGAUGUUAUUAAGAGGGGGAAAUUCAAAAGCUUCAUAGACGUUAGUAACUUAAGUAUUCACUCUGUCAUAUUCAUGGUAAUUGUAGCAAAGAAUGGUCCAUAGAGACACAUUUGUAACUCGAUGGCGGUUGGAACUGUUUCUAUUCAAUUCAGCGCCUCUGAAACUACGGGAGUUAUUCCAAAUGCAGGUUUUAAUACUUUAUAAACACUGUUGUUGUUUUGCAAGGUAGCGUUAUUUGAAAAAAAACAUCGAGUAUGCUUUGUUGUCGUGUAAUUCAGUGAAGCUUGAAGAAAGUUCGCAUUAAGUGCAUGAACACAGCUUCAGUAACGAAGUACAUUUUCGCAAUGUUUUGGAAAAGAAUACUCGAUCCAUGAAAUUUUUUAGGAACAGAUCUUCAAGCUUGAAAUCAAAAAGGUGUUUUACGCGAACUCAUCUUAUUUGAAAAGGUACCUAAAGUACUAGUAAUAAUCUUGAAAAGUGAUAAGAAAAAAGAAGCGUUUAGAGCCGGAACACGUACGUGAUAGGUGGAUUAGAUUCGACGUCUUAAACGUCAAAAAAAGAAUCAGCGAAAAAAAAAUGUUACGAGGUCUCGUAACUUACAGUAAGGACCGAGAAAACGAGGUUAGUAAAAUAGUUUAAUAUGUCUCUGGGUUCAAAUGGAGAGGAAAGAUUAAAUUCAUACAAAUUUUUGAAGUUUGCGGGUCGCGCAGUGAACUACGGCCUGCUAGAUUGCUGGAGAAUGAUAUAAUGAAUGCUCUGAAUUCAAAUUAUAAAAUUUGAAACUUUUGAAAAACUCAGCUCUAAAGUAACAUGUUUGGACUAGAUCAGUUUUAUUUACAGUGAGAUUACAGCAAAAAAAAAAAAACCAAAAUAUUCUCAUGUCGUCUACCAAAAGCGAGGCCCUGCGUGUGCACUCUUUAAAAUCGGAAAUGUUCGAGCUUCACCGAAGAUUUUCCGAGAAUGUUAUAAACAAAAGAGCAUUCGCGCAACGACUCCACCCUCUGACACAACGCACCCGCCAGCGUCUACAGAAAUACCAGCUGAUUUUACUGGUGGAGUAUUCAAGAGAUACAACAGGUCACCAGAAAUUGAGCUGAAAAUCGUCUAACUGCCCCGAAAUUAACGAUGAGAUUUAAAUAUCCACGUUGAAAAAGUCUUGAAACUAAUUUCUUUCUCAGCAGACGUACGACCCUCAGUUCAAUGGAAUCAUUUUUUCCUGGGCUAUUAAAACACUCACAAUUUUUUGGUACGUGACGAUAGCUGUGGUUACCCUGCAAUUCUGUUUGUACCGGAAAAUCAAAAGAGCGGCCUAUUUCAGGUAGGUUUGUUUUCUUUUCAACAACAAUGAUAUAAAACUUUCGACUUUAAUGGGAUAAAAACUUCGCUGAAAAAAUAUUUACUGGUACUGAAGGACUUUAAGCAAGUCUUGACUUAAACAGAUCUUCCCAAGAUUCGAAUGGUAAUUGAAAUGUUGUAACCGCAAGGUUACAAAAUGCUCCUAGCAUAGAUUAUAGCAAUCUAUCUUUCAGUAAAAUGCCUGGCCUAUCAUAUUUUCAUUUCGUCUCUUCGUUUUGAAAAAGUACCACUUUGUUUUAGUGUUUGGAAAAAAACGGUAAUUUUUAUGUCUACCGUUUCGUUUCUGGUAAAGAAAAAUUCCCAACUUUAUUAAGUUAGUUAAGCUAAUAGGUAGCGAUCGGCAGGGAAAAUCCAAAGUUUGGUGGUUAUCAAUUCAUACAAUUUAUCCUAUAAAUAACGAGUUUUGCUUUAUGUGAUUGUCCUUUUGCAAGAACUGAUUUUAAAUCUUCUCUCACCGCAGGUUAUACUUGAAGUCAACACUUAAAAGAGUAAAUUCUCACACUAAGAUUCUCAACCAAAAAUUAAAUAUUUAGUUUCCCUUUAAGAUUUGUGGACUAACAACACCGUUGAGUCGGUUCUUAGUGCGAGGUGUCUCCAAUUUUUGGGGUGGACAUUUAGAUUGGGGAUAUCUCAAUCUAAGUAACAUGAAGCAAACAGCAGUGUCGCUCGCUAUCCUUCUGUGAUCGAGAGCUACUUUGAUUGGAGAUCAUUUCCUUUAUUCUCGCGACCUUAAUGUGUGAUUAAGGGGUGAUAUUGUAAGGAGAAAUUAGAUGCUACUCAUUCUUAGGGGCCAAGGCUGGGGUUAAUCAAGGAGAAAAAUUACGUUCAUGCGGUACGGAAGGGAUCUUGUUAAGUUAUCUGCGGUUCCUUUCUACAGGUACCGAUCCAUCAUGAAGCCGCAGACAAAGCGAAGUUUAUGCUUGGGAAGUUUCCUUGUGAUAGUCACACUCGUGGUUCUGUACUCGUAUUGUAAUGGAAAUUCUGUUUGCUACACUUUUCCCUUCUUAAGUGGACUGGACCGAGACAGACUAGAUACCAAGCCACAAGCGGAAGUUUUGGUGGCUUCUGUUAUCGUGCAGGCAAAGCGACCGUUGGAAAUGAGAACACCUAUGGAGACACAGAAAGGUAUAUUACCAUUCAUUCAACACCCACACCUUCAGUUAUUACAAAUCUUAAAUCUUAAAUCGUUCGAAGGCCCUGUCAUCAAUUCAGGGCUUAUCUAAAUAGAUGAUCACUUUAGAGCGCUUUUCGAUUGGGAGUCAUAAGCCAAAACCAAAGUCAUCAUGACGGCCAAUCAGAAGAGGAAAAUAACUUUAAGAGCCAAUGAGAACUCGAAGCAAAAACAACCAAACUACCGCGGGAAAACGCGGGCGGGAAAACGCAGGCGACCAAGACGUAAAUGGUUUUAGUUCUGCAUCUAAUUGGUUCAGAGGGUGGCACAAGUUUUCUGGACCAAUCACAGAGCAAAGGAUAACAACAUCGAUGUAACCUCGGAUUACUUUCGACACUCAAUAGAAAACUGCAUGUUCUAAAGAACGUACUUGCACUCACAAAGGUUCAAUUCAUAGCGCGGAAUUGGCUUGCUCCGCCUCGCGACAGAUUUAGCCAACAAAACGCGAGAAGCGAAAAUAUUUCAGAGCGGAACUAACCAAGAAUGAGCGACAUAACGGCAAUCAAACUGAGCUGAACUAACCAAGUUACUUGAUAGCCAUGUGAAGUGAUAUAAUAAAAUUAUAAGUACCUCAUAAAUAGCAACCCAAAAUUGUAAGUACCUCAUAAAUAGCAACCAAAAAUAAAAACUCGAUAUUUGAACUCGUAAAUGGAACUAAAUAAUUCGUAUCUCGAAUUCACCGAAUGCGAAUGCUUGAGGCCAUCAGUUGAUAAUUUCAUGUAUUGAGCCACAAUUCUACCCAUCAGCUCCAAAGCGCGUAACACAAUGGAAUUUCGGAAUACAAAAAGAAGGGAAGGCAAAAAAGGGGAAAAGUUGCAAUGAAGCAACGAGAUCUCAGGUUCAAAACAGAGCAAAUUGUCUGAAGCGUGGGAAAACGCGUAUGAGGAACCAAGUCGUAAUACCAGUUUAAGUUUUGCAUCAAAUUGGCUAAGGGGAUGUUACGAAAUUUUCUGAUUCUAAUCUGAGAUUACCUUACCGCUCUUUAUUAAAAAUUGAGUGCGUUAAACUUCAUUAGAUUCUUAAUUAAAGCACUUUUGAAUUUCCACAGGGUCAUAUCACGAGACUUCAGGAACACUUGGUGAUCUUCACGUGAAAAGUAAAGAAGAAGGACAUGAAGGAAAGACUAUUAAUGUUACUAAUGAAAAUGUUGAAAAACUCCAUUUUUACCAGAACAGAACUACUGAUCACUCGUAUUUAAUGACUGGAGGGGAGAAACAAUAUAACAAUACACAAGCAGAAAAAACUCAUGAAUUCAAAAAACACCUUUUGCCUCCUUCUGAUAUUGUUGGAAAGAUCGCAGAAGAAAUUUUACGAAAAGCUAACGUAUCCGAAGAAGAAGCCAACAGAGAACUCAUACGCGUCGAGAAAGUCGACGAAUAUGUCGACAGGGAGAGAGAACAAAGAAGGAGAAUAAAACAACACGAGCAUUCUCUUCUAGAAAAGUUGAAGGAGUCGCGAAGUAAUGGAGGAAAGAGCAAAGAGAAGAAACUGGUACGAGUUGAAAGAGUAGACUUGACUGACGAAGAAGAAGAGGAUGAAGUUCCAGAACAGGACAAACCUCUCAAACAAGAAAAACAAGUAAAACAAGAAAAGCCUGUCAAACCAGUUUAUGAAGCGCGGUUUCAGGAAAGAGCGGCGUCAAGUAAUACAGCGAUUAAAAGGUUUUCAGUGGAGAAAAAGAGUAACGAAACUUUGAUGAGUGAGAAUAACAAGUCAUCGUACGAAAGAAGAUUUGGCAAAACAUCUAAGGUGAACAACACAAUAAACAAUACAUCUGCGGUCAAAAAAGAUGGAACUAUUCUCGAUUCCAAAAGCAACAAAACGGGGGAAGCUCUUACAAUCACCCCUCCACCUUUCUUUGCAAAGUUUUUGAAAAUUACUGAAAAGGAACGAGAAAUGAUGAAUUUUCUUCAUAAUUACACCGAAAGUAACGGAACGCUUUUUGGACCGGUGUUAAAUAUUACUCAAGAGGGGAAUGGUACCAAGAAUAUAGAGCCCAAUAUGGCGCAAAGAGCGAACAUGGCUUUUGAGCAGGUGGGCGCUGAUACAGCUCACGUGCGCGAAAAAAGAGAUCGUAGGGAAGGCAAUUUGCGUGAUAGUCUUCAACCUUUGAUAGAUAGUUUGUUGGGAUUCAAUAAUGGCACUAAAGAUUUAAAAGAACCAUUCAACUUAAGCGACAUUCUUGGAAAACUAACCAAGGGUAUGGGAAGUCAAAAUCUUCCUGCAACAGAUACCAAACAGACUUCACCGCCAGAUAGCACGGCUCUCCUAGUUAAAUUUCUCCAACAAGGUGGUCGUAACAGAUCAGGCGCUGCUAAAAACGACACAACUGCUCACACUGAUGAUGCCUACAUUAAAGUCAUUGGAACGAAGCUAGAGAGCCACACAAGUGAACAACAGUCUCCGUUAAAUCUAAAGAAAAUUCUUUUAGCACUGGCAAAUCAUAUUGACUUAGCUAGGCAAGAUAAUGACUCCAGGACGACGAAUCCAAAAAUUCAGGAGGAGAAGUCCAAUCUGAAAAUCUUGUCCCUUCUAUUAAACCAAAGUACGUGGGAGGAUCUUCGCGAUUUCAACUUGAGCAGUGCUUUGAAAGAAAUCACUGGAAGUUCCUUGAAAGUAAAGCGACAUGAAAAACUCGAGGACCAGGGGUCUAGUCAGACCCAGGCUGAUGUAAAGAUAAUACGGCCAGAAGCGGAUAAACUAGGGACUAGCACACCGGAGUUGGUUUUAAACACAGUUAGAAACCCCAGUAACUCUUCAAAGAGCGAGGAAGGUCUCUCGUCUUUGAAAUAUUUCUUAAAUGCGACAAUCAUUGAAAAGCAUGCGUCAGUUUCGAGCGGAACUGGCUCAGAAGAGCCCGGGGAUGAAGGUUCUAGAAGGUUUGUUUUAGCAGCUUUGACAUAACGCGACCACUACCCAUUCUCCUUCGCAACGAUCCGCAUACAACAUUACCAUUUGUGCAUCAUUAACUCCGUUUACAUCUCAGAUCACGAAUUCACAUCAAACCAACAUGACAGAGAUCAAACAGCUCCACUAGUACUAGUCACAACAAAACAGCUUUUUACAAUUGGGGUGAUUUCGAACCUCUCUUGCUGAAAUUCGAUACAACUUUUCAAACUGGCAGUCAGUCAGUAAUUGUCAGUUGUCUUACCACAACAUGGUACUUCAGUACCGAAAAAAAAUGUUUUUUUGACAAGUGGCACAACUUUCUUUUCCCUGAGACGUGAUCUUACCUCGACUCAGGAUAACAUGAACGAAAACUUGAACUUUUUGAACAGAAGUCAGUUAUAAAACAGAAUAUUUAUAUAUCACAGACAAUUUUUCAAGCGCACAAUUCUUUAUUUUGAUUAUGAUAGUGUCGACUUUGAGAACCAAAACAGUAAAACCUUGAGGGUAGAGGAGAAAUCUGAGAUGAACAAACAAUCAAAACAUGGCUCUAAUGGAAUAUUGAAGUUUGACGCGAUCAGAUGUGAUGCCCUGGAUCCAAAAGUGUUGUUGUAUAAUCGUAUUUUCAAGACGGGGAGUUCAACCACAGAAUUUAUAAUUACGAACUCGAGUUCAAGAAUGAAUUACCACUAUAAAAUAGGUGAGAAGAAGUUCUUUAAAGGAAUACUUGGGUUUCACUUUUGUGCCUGAAACUAAAGUACAUGUACAAACUAAAGGUAUGUAAAUGAGAUCAAAUGACUUUUGCGGAAUGAGGCUUCAAUUUUCGACAAUUUUCCGGUAAAGUAAUCUUGGUAAGACUUGUUUCUUCCAAAACCCCAAAGCACAGUCUUUGUUUGAAAAUAAUUUGGUGAGUGGUCGAAGAACUAGUGCCAGUGGUUUUAACAGGAUCCAGAAUAAGGAGCUAACAUUGCCUGAUGCGAUUGACUAACUUAAGAAAGUUAGGAAACAAAAUCACUGACGUCACUCUUCAAUAACGUUUAACGAAAAACGCUGCCUAACGUGAAUACCAAAUAAACAUAGCUCGCAAAACAUAACGCAUAACACAUAACAUUUUCAUUCUUUCAAUCAUAUUUUUCGUUCUCGUAUAUUCUUUGAUCAUCAUUAAUCGCCCACUUUCUUAAAAAUGAGUGAUUAACCUUAAUUACUAAUUGCUCUCUUGUAAGUAUAAUAUCAAGUGGCUUUAUCAACUCUAUGAUACUAUGCUUGUAGAAUAACAGUGAGCUUCUUGACUGUGUAAUGGGAUAUUUUGUUAACUGCAUCAAUUGUUUCCAUGCUUAAAGAAUCAUUAGUUAUUGAACAUCGGCCAAGGAACCGAGAAGGAGGAAUCAAUUAAUUUAAGUCCUUCAUGUUAGCUAUCUAGUCUUUGAGGUUCAUACAGUCAUUUAGAGAGAGAGAGGGGGGGGAGGUGGGGUCGGGAGAGGGCGGUGUUUCUUGUUAGAACUGAUGAAAUAUCAUGAAGAUAAGAGAUUGAGAUUUUUUUGCGAAGACUUGCAUUCUUUUUGUUUAUUUUCUUAAUUAAGCUAGCGAAGUCUUAAAAUCUCGGGGAACAUCAGGCGAUCGGGAAUUUUCUGUUUUAAAUCAUUUUUUAGGGUAAUUAAGGGAAAUUUUCAUUAAUUCAGUUAAUGAGGAAUCACAAUAGCUGGUCUCUUUUCUGGCUGUUUUUGACAUGUCACGCCUUAGAGCAUCGUUGCGUGACAUUCCCUACAACGACAACGGUAAUCUCUCUUUUGCUUAUGCCACAUUUCUCUGUUAAAAGGAACGACGGAAGACUGGUACGAUAAAGGCACGUCCCGCCCAUAUCCGGGACUUAUCAUAAGAAAAGCCAACAAACUCAAGAAAUACCCGCGCAUGGCAUUUGUGGCGCAUUUUUACUUUCGGAGAAAAUUGAACUUACCGCAGGCUCAUACGUACAUCAAUCAAGUACGCGAUCCUGUAAGACGGCUGGUGUCUCACUAUCAUUACAUGAGGAGCAACUUACGGCCUGCCUAUAGAAUUAAAGAAUUUCGCGCAUCUGGAGAACAGGACGAAUCUUUAGAGAAAUGUUUCAGAUUGCAACAUAAAGGAUGUCAAAAUAACGUCAUGACGAGAUUUUUCUGCGGGAAACAUUCUUAUUGCCGCAGAGGAAAUGGAAGGGCGCUGCGCAAGGCUAUGAGUAACAUCAAACGAUAUUAUGCCACAGUAGGUUUACUGGAAAAUUACGAUGUCUACCUUCAAAUACUGAAUAAGCGGUUGCCUAAGUUUUUCCCUAAAAUCCCCUUAGAGGAUAUCAGUAAAUUUAAGUACAAUUCCGAAUAUAAGUUUGACGACAUUCCUAGAGAUCUUAUUAGAGACAUCACCAGAGCAAACUGGGCUGAUGUGAAGUUGUACUCGUUUCUGAAGAAACGCUUUUGGCAGCAAGCUAAGACCUGUGGCAUUCUGACGAAAUUAUACUAG